AUCCAAUCGCUAUACUCUACAAUGAUGGGUUGCCGGUUGCCACGCAACACGAUGAGGUUCAUAGACCGCUGGUCGCCGGGCCCCCAAGGAACAGCAACGUCCAGAGGUUCCACGGCACCUACGCCAACAACUGGGAAAUCCAACGGUCAGGAUCCGUCCACCACAUCCAAUCUGACGGACGGAGUCUCAUCCGCAUACAGACUUCUCUGCGGUUGCUCCCUCUGAAUCAUCGAAGUUUCAGCCACCAAACAGUUGGAUCACCCUAAUUGAUUAUUUUUUCCCUGAAAAAAUCCGCCUCGUCCUCGAUUCCUCCGCCCCAUCGCCGUCGUCUCCUCCGCCUCGUGUCACUGCCCCCCCCCCCCCCUAAAGCCCCGGCCAUUGUCGCCCGCGCCAAGCUCCCCCUACUCAAAUGCCCGAGACCCCAACACCGCGACGCGAGCACCCGCACCGGCCUGUCCACACAUGGCUCCCGGUGUCCUCGUCCGCGCCGCCUCCCAUUGCCUCCGCCCCGCCCCGGCCGCCUCCGCUGACUCCGGCCGCGGCCAUGGCGCGCUGACGAUCGGUGAUUCGAGGCCGCGCGAUGUUGCUCUGCGGGUGGGAGGAUCCGGCCGGAGAGAAUUCUCAUGUAUCACAAAGGCCUCAAGAGAUCAUUCUGGUUUGACUCGACAACUUCUAGAUUUUCAACAUGAGACAGUAGAUGGGGUAGGUGGAGAACAUGAUCAGUUCAAGGAGUUGAAAGCAAGGUUCAUGGACUUCAAACAGCGUAACUAUGUGGAAAAUUUUUCUAAUUACCAAAGUCUUGCUCAGCAGCAAACACCAAAGUUCAUGGUGGUUGCUUGUGCUGACUCAAGAGUCUGCCCUUCCAGUAUUUUAGGGUUUCAGCCUGGGGAAGCAUUCACGGUUCGUAAUGUGGCAAAUUUGGUACCACCAUAUAAGCAUGGGGCUUCGGAGACUAGUGCGGCACUAGAGUUCGCCAUCAAUUCACUCGAGGUAGAAAAUGUAUUAGUUGUAGGUCACAGCCGUUGUGGUGGCAUCCAAGCACUAAUGAGUAUGAAAGAUGAUUCAGCUUCUGUAAGCUUUAUUAAAGACUGGGUUUCCAUUGGGAAGAGUGCAAGGUUAAGCACGAAAGCAGCAGCUGGAAAUUUGAGUUUCGAAAUGCAGUGCAACCAUUGUGAAAAGGAAUCAAUAAAUAGCUCACUGUUGAACUUGUUAACAUACCCUUGGAUAGAGAAAAGGGUGAAUGAAGGUACUUUGAACCUUCAUGGAGGUUACUACAACUUCGUUGAUUGCACAUUUGAGAAGUGGACAUUAGUGUACCGUGAAGGGCUGGAAGGUGGAAGCAAGUAUGCUAUAAAGAACAGGUCUACCUGGUCUUGACCAAUCAAGGUCUUGUUUACUUGGGUAAAUUUCACUCUGCCCCCUGCAGUUUAGCAUGGUUUUGCUUUGCCACUACGUUGUCCAUUUCAUUGCACCUUGCUCCAUUGUGGUAUUGAUCUUCUGCAGAAGCGAGUCCCUGUAUCAAGUAACUGUUACAAGACUGUUGGCGUCACCCAUUGACAUGCAUGGUACUAUGCCACUAGCUUGUCAUGCUUGAAUUUGUUUAUGUUGUAAGCAUUGAAGACACGCAUGCUUCAGCAUUGCAGCAGUUAUCUGAUACAGGGACUCUUGACUGUAGAAGAACUAAACCACAAUGGAGUGAAGUGCAACACAAUGGACAAUAUGGUAGCAAAGUGAAAGUCUGUCAAACUGCCGGGGCCAAAGUGAAUUUUAUCCAACUAUUUAUGUGGUGUUGUCUGCUUGAAACGAUUAAGAUUUUACAAAUAAGCUGCAAAACCAGUCAUACGAAUGCAUGUAAUCUUGGCCACAUUUGGCGUCACUGUGUUGUAGUAACAUUUGUACCAUUCGCUGUAUCAUUGUAAUAGUGAGAUACAAAUAAUGGACCGGCUUUAUAAUUGUACGUCUUAUCAAUUGAAUCUUUUUCAAUA